UUAAUUUGCGCUUCCAUUUCAUUCCGCUCUUCAGUUGCCAGUUGCCAGUCCAUCAAUCAUUUAGCUCCAACUCCAUCUACCGAGUCCCAUGUCCACGGAUAUACCGAUCCGCAGAUCCAAGAAGCGGUUUCAUUAACAGCCGCUCGUCAAGUGGUUUUUCGGGCUCAUUGUUGCAUUUUGUCCUACGAUCGCCGACGGCGCAGCCUUCAAAGGCAUUCCACUGGCCAGUCGCUUUAUCUGCAUUCAUCAGUCGCCAAACAAAACAAGUCAACUGGCUUCAUUUGUAAUGGAUCUCCGUUGGGCUGGAGCAGAUCGAGCUGCAGCUGGAGCUGGAACUUUAGCUGGACUGGAGCCCUAGCUGACUCCUGCCCAAGUUGGAGGCGGCUGCGCAGUAGUCAGGCCACUGAUUGCCUGGCAUUAAUCAUCGAGAGUCGGCACUUGGAGCUGGGAGUGGAUCACAAAGCAAUACACUCGCAGAACGGAUAUGCUGCGUUUCUAAAUGGUUUCGUAGGUAAACCGAAACUGUAUUUAAUCGAAAUUCGAAUUGAAGGUUAUUUACCUACAAGUUUUGGUCUUUAUUCUAUGAUUAACUGAACUAUAAUAUAAAAUUUCAAUGUUUGUAUGUAUUUUAAAGGAUAUUAAAAAUCGUGCUAUUGGUGACCCAUAA